GAAAUGAAGUUUCAUGCAUGAGAGCUACAUAAGGAGAAGUAUGAGUUUGAUAUACAAGAUUCUUCUCUUACUAGCUCUAUGCUUUUGCUAUGCAGAUGCUGCAGAUCCUUUAGGAAAUUUCUGCAAUCUAAAUACAAAUAUUAGUCGUGUUAGCCAGAUAUCGGUAAAUAUUGAUCGCUUGCUAGCUGAAUUGGUUUCUAAAACCUCCUCCAAUGGUUAUGUUGCUACUUCCUUCGGUAGAGGGAACGACCAAGUUUUUGGCCUGGCUCAAUGCAGAGGAGAUGUGAGCAGCACAGACUGCUCAAGUUGCAUCCAAGAUGCAGCAAAACUGAUACGCCAACGCUGUCCGAACCAAGCUGACUCAAGAAUUUGGUACGACUACUGCUUUCUGCGUUACAACAACAAGAGCUUCGCUGGAGAAGUUGAUACUUCUGUUGGUAUAUUCUACUUCAAUGUAGAUACUGUAACAGAUCCUGAAAACUUCAAUAAACAACUAGGAGCACUGAUGGAUGAAAUUAGAGCACGAGCUAUUGAGCCUAAGAAUGAAGGUCUUGGGAAAGGUGACACCAAAUUGUCAUCUUUGGUGACACUUUAUGCAUUGGUGCAGUGCACAAGGGACCUAUCUCAGAUAGAUUGUGCUCAGUGUUUGGCCAUUGCGGUUGGAAAUUUCGAAACCAUUUGCAGUAACCGGAAGGGAUGCCGAGUUCUAUACAGUAGUUGUUAUGUCCGAUACGAGCUCUAUCCAUUUUUCUAUCCACUUGACUCGAACAGUACUGUGGCUAAUAAUGUAAGGGCCAUAGUUUAUCCAUAAAUAUUGUAAGCCUGUAGGGGGCACUAUCUAAGAAAUUUUAAAUGUUUUAGUCAAUAUUUUCCUGCUAAGAAAUAUGAAACUGCUUUGAAUCUGUUACGGGCACAAGAGAUCGAAGGGAAGGCUCUCCUAGGGCUCAAUGGUAUCGAAGAGAAGUUUGGAGCUUAGAGGAAGAAAGGGAUAAGUGAAGAAGGGAAGAACGUGUGCUGUGGGCUUGUGGGUUGUGAGGCUUGUGGAUGGGCUUGUGGGUCGGUCCAGAUGGUAGACGUAUUUCAUUUUCAAGUACAGUAGUUGUGUUCGUUUGUCUCUUUUCUAUUGGCUGUUGUUUAGAGUAGGUGUUAUCACUGGGUAGAAUAUAAUUGAUGUAAGUUUGUUACUAAGAUCCUUGUAUGGAGCAGUAAGUGAUGUACAUCUUCGUAUGCAUGAUAUCAAGAAUCUUCUGAAUAUUCUCUUA